CUUCCCUGGUUCCGAAUAUCUCCAUUGUGUGCUAACGUUCUGUACCCAACGGCUGGCAAUUCGAGACAAGGAUAAAGCGAUCUUUUCAAGAGAGGAAAAUCUGGAUUUUGUUCUGUAUAUUUCAACUGAUAUAUACCGAAAAUUCAAUCCUGGUUUCCAUCGGCGAAGAAUAUGAAGGAAAAUGGAUAAAUUCCGGCAUAUAUGGAAGGGGCAGCUAGUGGUUGGUUUGAGGGAUAUUGGCCAAGCAACAAUAUGGACCAACAACAACAGCUACCUACCCCCCAUUGGUUGGAACCUGAAAAUGACCUACAUAGCUGAAUAUUCUGACCUCUGGAGUAAAGUGUUGGAGUCCGAGCCUACAGUCUUGUCCCAGGAUUCGUGUACAAAGAUCAAGGACAAGUAUGUAUCCGUAUUUACCCUCACUUCGUCCACGCCAGAGUUUCUUCAGUUGACAAAAGAAUUGAAUCAGUUCAGCAAGGCCCGAAUCAUACUUUCUGUGAUACCAAAGGACACGGAAAUUACAUUAAUGCCUUGCUGUAAGGAGACCAUGAGGUUAGGGAUGUGGGAGCCUCCUGAGGAAUACCAUCCCUUCCUGUACAUGCUGAUGAUUUCCAAGACUUCUCCAAAGAAAGCCAUGAAGCAGCAUAAGAAACAUUACCUUCAGGUUAUGUCUCAGAUGAAUCUGUCUUCAGCACCACAUUCUUUGCUCAAGGAGAAAAAAACAGACCAUGAACACCCAAAGAAGGACAAUAGAGGACACCGAGAUGAAAAAAGUAGCCCAAAGUCAAGGAAGGCCGACCACUCAAGAGGCACCACUGAGCUGCUGGACACUGCUUAUGAAAGCAAGAUGGAUGAGAAGUUGGAGAGAGAAAGGAGGAAGGAAGAAGUCUGUGACCCGUAUUCAGCUAAUGCCAGAGAUAAGUGGAAUUAUGAACACAGAAGAAAGGAGAGCAGGAUGCGAGAUAAAGAGCGAGACAAGGACAGGGCAAAGGAUAAAAAAGAAGACAGAUGUAAAAAGACUGCUCAUUAUGAUGAACAUAGGAAAGAGAGAAAGGUUGAGAAAGGAAAUAAUGAAGAUAAAAAAAGCAAACAAAAGAAAAGAGAAGAAGAAAAUGGGCAUGGAAGUAAAGCAUCACAACAGAAAAUGGAGAAAGGGGAAAAAUAUAACUGGCAAGAGAAAGACAGAAAGAGUAGGACAAGUUCAGAAAAAGCCAAGUCAGACAACUCGCCAAAAGACCACCAAGAGGAGGUCAGCAUCAAACACACAGCAAGUAAAAGUGAUGUGAUGGAAAAAAUCAAGAAAAAGGAGGAAGAGAAAGUCAGAACAGUUGAAUCCUUACUUAAAUCUGCCAUUAAGACAAAAGAUCUGAAUCCAAUCAAUAUUGAAAUCAAGGACAAAGUGGAUGAGUCUGGCAAAUCCCAUGUAAAAUAUCCACAGAAGUCAGGAAAGGCUUGUGACAAGAAGUCCUUGCUAGACACAAAAAAACUGAAUUUGAUCUUUAGUUCCAAAGACAAAAAAAGACCCGAUUUGGUUAAGCCAAGCAUGCUAAAGAGGAGUGCCAAAGGGGAGUUAGACCAGGCCUUGAAGACCAUCACGCCUGAUCUUAUUGCAUCUUCUGAACUUACUUACAAACUUUCGAAAACCUACAUGAAAGAGUCCAAGAUCUCUGAUUCUAAAAAAAUAAAUUCUGUUAAGAGUGUUCUCAAGGGCACUCUUAAGAAAUUUACAUCAACAUCUGAUGAUCCAAAGAAAGGUUCAAAAGAAAAAGGCAAAGGAAAGUCAGAGGAAGAGAAAGGAAUUUUUCAAGGAGCUGAGGAAUUAUCUACACCAAGAAGUAAGCAUAGUGAAGAAAAUUAUCCUUAUUGUUCUGACAACAGUAUUAGGAUAAAGGAAUUUCACAUGAUUCAGGAGAGGACAUCUGCUGCAUCAGAGAAAAACAGUUUUGCUUCAUCUAUGCCAUUUCAUUGGCCUAUAACUUCUGCUUCUCCCCACAAGAAUGAAGAUCAGGAAAAUACACAGCAGAAUGAAGAGAAUGUAGCUGAAGAUCAUAGGAAUAAAGAGAUAGAAAAAGAUGGUAAAAGCAAUGUAAAGGAUGCUUUAGAUAAUUUCAGAGAGUUCAUCAACACCAAAUUUGGCAAAAAGCGAAAAUCAGAAUGUACAGAAAAGUCCUUGCAGAUGUUGCAAAGCCCAAGCAAAAAGCCUCGAAUCAUUGACUUGUCAGGAUGCCCAGCAGAAAACAUCUUGAAUACACCACAGACUUCAUGCUACCCAGACAUAUUUAGAAAUAUAAAACACAAGUACAAAAAAUCAGUUCAUUCAAGUCAGUUUCCCAAAGUUGUAACUACAGAUAAGUUAGGAAAAGACACGCCUCAAGAAAUAGUUGCUUAUUCUAACAUCUUAAGAGAAGCAGGGCAGGACAAUUUUCCUGUUAGAAGUCUGCAAGGUAUUGACGAUGAAGUUCAAGUUAUUACAACUGAACCAGAUGAUCUAUUCCUUCAUGGAGAUGAACCAUUAGAUUUAUCCUAUCAUGAACCUGAUCCAUUGAAUUUGUCCAUUCCUGAACUUUUGAACUUAUCCAUUCAUGGGAGUAAGUCUGUAAGAAAAAUUGAAGCUGAUGUAAUUGAGGGAGAUGACAACUCACUGGCAGAAACUGAAUCAUGGAAAGGUGAGGCAGCACCAGAGACUACUAAUCACAAGACACCCUGCAGUGAGAAAGGGAAACGGUACAUACUUGAAAUGUUCCUUCACUCAGUGCAAGAUAGGACAGAUUCCAGGCACCAAGUGUCAGAUGUAUCAUCAGUGGCUACACAAGAGAGUUCUCCAAUCCUAAAUAUGGCUUGCAAUGAAAGUGUACAGAACCAAAAAGUAUUUAGUGACCAAAAUGUUCUCCAAAAUAGCACUGGUUUGACUGAUAAGGAUUUACCAUACAAGGAUGGUACAUUUGUGUAUCAUGAAGAUUACUUUUAUCCAGAGGCACCAAAUGAUUGGCCACUCCACAUUCAAUAUCCAGUUCUUUCAGACCAAAGUCAAAGUUCUGAUAAGCUUGCUAAUGAUUAUCACUUUUCAUCUUGUAAUCAGGACCCUAUGCCGAGUCAAACUGGCAUCCCAAUCCAAGACUUUAGCCCAGGUCACAGACAUUUAGAUCAACCAGUUGAUCAGUCAUCAUCUGAUCAGCUACAUAUAGAUAAUCAGCAGUUUACUCCAUAUCUAAAUAAGGACCAUGCAGUGGACCUUAGACUAAUGCUUUCAAGAAAACAACCAGUGUCUGUUGAAUAUUUUACCACAGAUCAGAUGAUAGACAGUGGUAAACUUCUAGACAGCAAUGAGUAUCCCAUAGCAAAACAAUUCCCAAGUCCAGAACACAACUUUGCAAAUGCAGCAGCACACUCCUCCCCAAGGAUGGUCUUAGUUGAUGUGAUUAAGGAGGAGUUACAGAAUAAUGCUCCAAUAAUUCAUCCCCUACCAGAUUUACCUCCAUUGACACGAUUGUCUGACUUGGUCCCUCCUGUGAUAAGGAAGCAAAAACCCAUUCAAGAUUUGUUAGUGGCAGGCACAGGAGCAGAAUCUAAACCUUGUUCAUCUUCCAACUGGUUAGCAGCUGUUCCUAGUAAUUCUAGAUCAUCUCUGAUUGGAGAAAGUCCCUCUAGUCAUGGAAAAGAUGUCAGUUGUAUUGGGUUGAAAUCAAGUGAGAUUAUUGAUAUCUUUAACCAGAAGGACAAUUCAAAACCAGAAAGUUACCAAGCAAGUGCAUCCCAAGAAGAAUCCCUUGCUUCCUGCAAUUUGGAAACAAUAGAGCUAGAUAAUUCUGAUACAUCUCUGAAGAAUCUAUCUACAUCUGUUGUUCAUGAUAGUAUUGCACUGAAAAUUAGGUCAAGUUUUGAGAGAUUACCAGAUGCACAGAUGAAGGAAGAGUAUCUACUAAAAACCAGUUUUGCAUCUUCAAAUUUAAAUAAUUCCACUGUUUCACAUGAUGUAUAUAGCCAGAGUAACAGUUCACAAACCUCAAUCUUUGAAACAUGUAACACAUUUGUAAAUGCAAGAAGUACUUAUACAGAACCACUAGUACUACAACAGCUUAAAAGGAAAAUUAAUCUUUGGCAAGAUAGCCUGAUUUCAAAAUCCAGUAUAUCCUUGACUAAAGGCUUUACAGCUCUGGCAGAUUUCAUAAAAAAGCCAACAACUAUUCCUCCUGAUAUAAGGAAAGAAACAGUUUUUUCAGAAGAUGAAUUAGGUAAGUCAAGUCUCCAUAUGAAGAAGGCAUUGCUCAGCAACCUGUUAAAUCCAAGUGAAAGAAUACUGCAGCUGGAUGAACAGGUGUCAAAGAAAGUUGUUGCAGUGGAAUGUAAAGAAGAGUGUUGUGAUAAUACAAAAGCUUGCCUUCCUAAACCACUUUCACAGGAUAAUAAGUACCCUUUCCCAGAGAGUGUUAAGCACUUGAGAGAAGAAACCCAAGGACAAAGAAAAUUGAUAGAGAAUAAGAAGGUUGUUCUUAAUCUUCUUGAACCAUCUGAGCUUAUUUGGGAUGAUGCUGUGUCAGGCAUAUCAAAAUCAACUUUUCAGUCAUCAAAGUACAUACAUUUGUUUGGUGCAAGUGAAAAUGAUGUGUUGAAAGCAAAGCACUUUUGUCGAGCACAUCAGAUGACCUAUGCCACCUUAGAUGAUCUUGUAAGAAAUGGAGGUUACAUGCUUGUCCAGCACAGUUCUGUAGACAAGUUGUUAUCAUCUCCACACCUGACAGUUUGGUGUACUCAGCCAAACAUCAAGUUUGGUGUUUAUACAUCCCUAUCAUCAUUAUUGAAAAAUGAUGUCAGUCCAGUGAUGACUUCCAAAUGGUUGCUCCUCCUCCAUCACACAGCUAUGGUGGAUCCUUUGCUUGUGACAGUAUUGGAGCAAGAACUGAAAGACUGGAACAGCAGUACUUCUCAUCACCCCCGUAUUGUCAUUCCUAUCCUUACCCUUAAGAUUUGCUAUUGCAGCCUUUUGAAUAGCGCAAGAGCAGAUGCAGUGGAACGUUCAGUUUGCAGAAUUCUUCAGAAGAAUCUUGUUCUCCUCACCAAAUGCUUGGGCAGUGGAGUAGCAUUGCUUACAGAUGAAAAUUGCAGCUGGGGAGGAGUCGGACCGGAAUCAUCUAUCCAUAUGCACCUACAGUGCCUCAGAGUCAUCCACUAUAACUUCAGAUUGGCUCACCGGCAGGCUUUGCUUGUGGUUGGUGAGAGUGUCCCAGCAUUAUCUAUUGUUGAUCCAUUCUACAAAGUCCAGACUGUUGGGAAAUUUGUGGAAACAGAGUAGUAUACAUUAUAUGUGAUAAUAUUGAAAAGUGUUUGAUUAAUUAUUCUGAUAUACAGUAUACUGUAUUUAUGGUGUUUGUGUGUGGGUGUGCUUGUGCAUGCUUGUGCCUGUGAUCAUUUGUGUGUGAUGUGCUGUAUGCAUGCUUGCAUGUGUGUUUCUUUUUUUGUUUUUGUUUUUGGGGGUGUGUGGAAGGGGUUUGCAUUUGGUGUGGAUGAUGUGAAUUUGGAUGUAUGAGGAGAGAGAGACAUGAACUGGAAAUGUUUAUGCAUGCAUAAAACCACAGGUAUGUUCACAUGCACUCUCACAUACAUGCA